AUGAAACAUACAGAAGGAAAGCAAAAGAUCGAGAUGAAAUCGGUUGAAGACUAUAAAGCCAGAAUGAUUACGUUUUUAAAACGUAAAGCUGAGAUUAUAAAGAAGAUGACCGAGAUCAUCAUUGCACAAUGUGAUGAGGAAGUGAAUUUCUUGGCUUUCACUCAAGCCGGAAAGGCUCAUCAAUUUACACAUCUGUCUAUGGAAGAUGUUGUUAAUCGAGUAAGGUCCUUUGUGGGACUUGAACCGUCUGGAAAAGACGACACCAAUGUUGGAUCACUAGUGGACGCUAAUAAGAGGCAAAAGGAAGAGGAGCGCAAGAAACAAUUUGCUGAUCUCGUUGAGGAGCUAGAGAUGGUGCAGGAGGAGGAAAAGAACUUCAAAGAAUCACAAAGUGGUUGGUGUAAUAUUCCAAAUGAAGGCUUGAGCAUGGAAGAUAUUAAGCAGAAACACCAAAAGCUUGCUGAGUUAAGAGGCAAAUUAGAAGCGUAUCUGAAAACAAUAACUUGA